UGGAUCCCGAGUCGCACAGGUGGCGCUGAGGACCGUGGUUUAAAUAUGCCCAGGGCUCGCCUUCUCUUCCUAUAGAGAAGGCCCCUGUUCCAAAGAUGCCCUGCUCAUCCCCAUCACGCUGGUCCCCUCAAGAACGAGCCCCCAAGGCCAGAGGCUGCUCUCUCCACACUUAGCCCGCCCCCUGGUCCCUGAAUAAGCUCAGACUCCCUCCUUCCCGCCUGAUGAGGGAAUCAUACAGUUUGGGGGAAGGAAGAGCGUCCCCUUUUAGCUGUCCCCUUUUAAAGCGGGGUGGUCAUUCUUUGGGUUCGAGCCGACUUGUUUUUCUUGAAUGUUGCCCCUUGGAGAAAUUGCUUCCCCAGUGUAACUUCCCUCGUGCGCUGUAUGACGUCGACGUGACACAGCAGGACGCCACCCCUUUCCGUUCCAUGACUGGUGAUUUGCAAGUCAAGCUAAAAUGUCUCCGGAAGUGGCCUUGAACCGAAUUUCUCCAAUGCUCUCCCCUUUCAUAUCUAGCGUGGUCCGCAAUGGGAAAGUGGGACUGGAUGCUACAAACUGUUUGAGGAUAACUGACUUGAAAUCAGGCUGCACGUCAUUGACUCCUGGACCCAACUGUGACCGAUUUAAAUUGCACAUACCAUAUGCUGGAGAGACAUUAAAAUGGGAUAUCAUUUUCAAUGCCCAGUACCCAGAGCUGCCUCCCGACUUUAUCUUUGGAGAAGAUGCUGAGUUCCUGCCAGACCCCUCGGCUCUGCAUAACCUUGCCUCCUGGAAUCCAUCAGAUCCUGAAUGUCUCUUACUUGUGGUGAAGGAACUUGUGCAACAAUAUCACCAAUUUCAAUGCAGCCGCCUCCGUGAGAGUUCCCGCCUCAUGUUUGAAUACCAGACGUUACUGGAAGAGCCGCAGUAUGGAGAGAACAUGGAAAUUUAUGCCGGGAAAAAAAACAACUGGACUGGUGAAUUUUCAGCUCGUUUCCUUUUGAAGUUGCCGGUGGAUUUCAGCAAUAUUCCCACAUACCUGCUCAAGGAUGUGAAUGAAGACCCGGGAGAAGACGUGGCCCUCCUUUCUGUCAGUUUUGAGGACACUGAAGCCACUCAGGUGUAUCCUAAGCUGUACUUGUCACCCCGAAUUGAACAUGCGCUUGGCGGCUCCUCAGCUCUUCAUAUCCCAGCUUUUCCAGGAGGAGGAUGUCUCAUUGAUUAUGUUCCUCAAGUGUGCCACCUGCUCACCAACAAGGUGCAGUAUGUGAUUCAAGGAUAUCACAAAAGAAGAGAGUAUAUUGCUGCUUUUCUCAGUCACUUUGGCACGGGUGUCGUGGAAUAUGAUGCAGAAGGCUUUACAAAACUCACUCUGUUGCUGAUGUGGAAAGAUUUUUGUUUUCUUGUACACACUUCGAGGAACCAGAGGGGCCUGAGAGGACUGGAAAUGGGAAUGGGACCGUCACCACCACAGAGUGACUCCAUGAGCAUCUUCCCUGCUAAGCCAGGAACACAAGAGUAUAGAGUUUGGAAGUUGACCUGCCCCUCUUUUUUCCUCGAGACCAGCCGACUCUCACAUUCCAGUCCGUCUAUCACUUUACCAACAGUGGACAGCUUUAUUCCCAGGCCCAGAAAAAUUAUCCAUACAGCCCCAGAUGGGAUGGAAAUGAAAUGGCCAAAAGAGCAAAGGUUCCCACGUUGGCGCCUUCAUUCUCUGAUCCCCUUCACAGAGCCACACUUUACAAGCCUGCAAGGUCAUGCUUGGGGUCAUGAUAACUUCUGACUAAUGAUGGCAGUAAAAGUAGCCCCACAAGCAACCCAGGAAUGACCAGCGUGGCCCUCCCUGCUCUGGGCCAGCUGCCUUGGUACCAUCUUGGAAUGAGCCAAAUGGCGUGGGACAGACACUUGCUCCUCCAAAGCAGAGCCCGCCGUCCCCUUCUUUGAAGCCCCCAGAGAGCAGAGUCCCUCCGCAGAAGUCUCCUCAUUCCAGGUUCUCUUUGGAAUCUGCCCUUUGAGCUGGUUUAGGAGCCACUCAUAAAAAUUCAUCCCUUUCGACUCCAUGAUCACAUUUCUGCCGCAAAAUGGGACUUCCAGCUCCCGGAGACCUGUGGCUGUUUGGGCAGGUGCCGAAAGAGUAGAAGAUAGGAGGGUACCAGGCGCCUCUAGAAAUAAGGUGGUGGGUGGGUGUUAAUAGCGACGGCUGCCCUCUUGAGCACCGUGAGUGAUAUUCCAGGCGCUGUUCCGGGUCCUUGGCAUCCAUUCCCUUCUUGGUCCUCUGACCCUUCAGAGAACUAGGACAGGCCACCGCUGCAGAGAGAGAGCCAAAGGGAGGCCUCAGGGCUCUGAUGGCAGUUCCUGAGACGUACAAAGUCAUUUGAGGAAGGCAAUGUCGUCCACCUCCCCAGGGGAAAUUUUGAAGGGAUUUCGAGUCAUUCGGGUGCGUGAGUAGGUUCGUGGAGGGGGUUUUACCUUGGGUUCAUUUUACAGCCCAGCUGAAUGAAGGCUGGUGUCAUGCCUGGGGACACGAGAUCUGGGGCAGGGGUCACUGACACGGCCAGAUUGCCCUGAGGGGAGACGCAUUCCACCUCGAAGCACAUGCGCACCCACACACGCACACAGGGCGGCUUUAGAUGCCCUGAUGCUGCUUAGCCCGCCUCGGUGCCCACUCCCGGGACUCAGCGCGGGCACAGAUUGGGGGAGGACGCCUCACCGCAACUCCGCACCACAGCUCGCAGCCUGCACGGGCCGGCGGGUUGCCCAGUCCAGCCCUCUCCCAGCUUUCCACCCUCACUGAGACCCAGGCUGCCCUCUGGGGCACCCCCUUGCCUCGCCUGCUGUCCCCCCCAGCCUCCCAGGACUGGUGGCCCGCACCCUCGCCCACUCCAGCUGCUGGCCGAUCGGCAGCCGGCAGCCACCGGGGAGCAACCCCUUCCAGAGCUCUCUCCAGGCUGGAGCCGCGCGUGGAUGAAACCGAGCCCUGGGCUGAUUGGCUUGUUGUCAGCAGUUGAGGCCCCGCGGGCUCUGGAGCCAGCUGGCCUGGGUCAAGUCCCGCCUCCACCACUUACUGGAGGCGUGAAGUUGAGCAAGCCGCUUGACCUCAGUUUCCUACCCUGCAAGCAAAUGGGGCAACUACCUGCGUCCUGGGCCUGGCAGAGGACUCAGUGAAUCCGGAUGUGUGAGGUGCUUAGACCAGCGCUGGCAGAGUAAGUGCUCAGGCAAGGCUGUCUUUGAUGCUAGUGCCUUUUAGGUCUGAUGCAGGCUGCUCCUUGCCUUCUUUGUACUGCUUCCUUUCCUUUCCUAUCCCUACCCUUAAGCUUCACCUGACGAAAAAAAAAAAAAGAACCCUUUUCUGCCCCUGACUUCCAGUCCCAUAGACGCUACUCCCUCCUGGAGCACCUGCGACACCCCUGCUGCCAGCUCUCCCUCCCCCACCAGCCCCACCAGCCCCACCAGGCCCGCGGCCCCUCCCCCUCCCGGGGUCCUCAGUGAGCCUGUGCUGGGUGGGCAGCUUGACCUGAGGUCCCCAACUCGUCACUUCCAUCAAGCUCCUAAGACCCCCUUGUUUCAAAAUGUUUGCUUAUUAAACUGCAUUUCUUAAGUAA